AUGCAGAAUGAAAGAGUAGUUUUCUCGUUUCAUUGAUGAUUAACAGAAAACUUUGACACUGUGCUCCACCAAGUGAGUGAAAAACUGAAGUCCAGCUACGUCUAGAAAACAUUUCAACUUUGUUUUUGUGUAUUUAUUCUUCUUAUAUGAACAAGGGAUUCACCUAAGCUAGAGGCUAGCUGUGUCAAACUUGACAGGUAUGUCUGCUCUAUCAUCCUGUUGGACUAAACUCCAGCUGAGGACACACAACAUCAGGACACUUCUCCAAAAGACCGUCUGCGUUUGUCCAAAGCAGGACUCCAGACACCGCAGCUCGGAAAAGCACAAAAGGAGAGUUGUUAUUACUGGUAUAGGGUUAGUGUGUCCUCUGGGCACAGGGACUGCACUGGCCUGGGACAACCUGAUUAAAGGUGAGAGUGGGAUUGUUGCUCUUACCUCAGAGGACUAUAAGACAGUCCCCUGUAAGGUGGCAGCUUUGGUGCCCAGGGGAGAUGGUCAGUUUAAGGAGGAGAGGUUUGCCUCUCGUGGGGAGAUCAACAGCAUGUCCCCAGCCACGGUGAUGGCCCUUGGAGCUGCUCAGCUGGCUCUGGAGGACUCAGGGUGGUACCCCAAAACCCCAGAGGAACAGCUCAACACUGGGGUGGCUGUUGGCAUGGGCAUGGUGUCAUUGGAUGAAAUCGCUCGCACCUCCGCUGCUUUCCAAGAAAAGGGCUACAGCAAAGUCAGCCCCUUCUUUGUGCCUCGUAUCCUUGUCAACAUGGCAGCCGGGCACAUCAGCAUCAGACACAAACUGAAGGGUCCCAACCACGCAGUGUCCACAGCGUGCACCACAGGAGCGCACGCCAUAGGUGAUGCGGCCAGGUUCAUCGCACACGGGGAUGCAGUUGCUAUGGUAACAGGGGGAACUGAAUCCUGUGUGGGGCCUCUGUCAGUGGCCGGCUUUGCCAGGGCACGGGCCCUCGCCACCAAGUGGAAUGACAACCCCACGCAGGCGUCGAGACCCUUUCACCCAGAGAGAGAGGGCUUUGUGAUGGGUGAAGGAGCGGCGGUGCUCCUGCUGGAGGAACUGGACCACGCAGUGAAAAGAGGAGCCAGGAUCUACGCAGAGGUCCUGGGUUAUGGACUCUCAGGGGACGCCAGCCACAUCACCGCACCCACUGCAGAUGGAGAUGGAGCAUUCAGAUGCAUGUCUGCAGCCCUCGCAGAUGCCGGCGUCUCACCAGCAGAUGUGACAUAUGUGAACGCUCAUGCGACAUCCACACCUUUGGGUGAUGCUGCUGAAAAUGCUGCCAUCAAGAGGCUCUUUCAGCAAAGCCUUGAGAACCUGGCUGUGUCCUCCACAAAAGGAGCCACAGGACAUCUGCUUGGGGCCGCAGGGGCCCUGGAGGCAGCAUUCACCGCUUUGGCCUGCUACCACGGGGUCCUCCCCCCGACCCUCAACUUGGACCGUACUGAGCCAGAGUUCAACCUGAAUUAUGUUCCCUGCACAGCGCAGCCAUGGCGGACGCAGGGCCAGCGGGUCGCCCUCACAAACUCAUUUGGAUUUGGCGGCACCAACGCAUCGCUGUGUCUCUCCAGCAUCUGAUGACACACUGAGACUCAUUCUUGACUUUUUUGUUAGGAAUCAGAUCUUAUCCAAGCUGUGUCCUUUACCUCGGGUAUGAUAGAGUUUCACUGAAG